AUGGCCCCCAGUUUGAGAAACACUUGUCUAAACAGAGGCGAAAAGGAUAAACUAAAAUGUGUACCGAGAGAGGGCUUCUUCGUGGAGGUGGGUGCCGUGGAUGGUGAAACCCUCAGCAACUCCCUGUACUUGGAGAGAAACCUCAGGUGGUCGGGGCUUCUCAUCGAGGUGUUCCCGACAACAUAUAAAACGCUCCUCCAGAAACACCGGAAAGCUUACUCCAUUAACGCAGCUUUAUCUUUCAACACCUCCUCCACCGAAGUCAGAUAUGCAAAUCGCGGUAAACUGGGCGUGUUAGGUCACAUCUUCCCGGACCAAGGAGAGAGGAUUCAGGCCAUUCCUCUGUACACCAUGUUGCUGGCUCUUAAUACUACAGUCAUUGAUUACUUCAGUCUUGACAUUGAAGGGGGUGAGAUGAAGGUGUUGAUGACUAUCCCUUGGGACAAAGUCAAGGUUGGAGUCUUGGUACUUGAGUCGAACCUUAUACCUGAAGGUCGGAAGUUCUUGGUGGACUAUAUGACCAGCAAGGGCUACCAGUUCGCUGGCCAUAGAGGCAUCGACUCGUGGUUCAUUCUACCCGAACUUGUGAACCAAUACAUCAUGAAGCAUUAG